UAGGCGUGGAAGUGCACUCAGGAGCUAAACAACUUUAUGGUGUUUGAAUCGUGGAUCUGCAGCCACAAGCAGUGUAUCAGGGCUCCGGCUUUGAAACGGACAUUUUGCGACGCGCCGGACUGGAAGCCGCCAACACGUGGGCCUGGGGAGGCCAUGAUUCCCGGAGAAGGACGACUCCGAUCCACAAGAUCACGAUACAACAGGAGGAAGAAAAGAAAAUGAGGAACUCCGAAUUACUUGCAGGUAAACAUUGGAAGUUAAAAAAUAUGAAAUAUUUACUUUUUAAUGUUUUAUUUUUAUGUUUUUCUUGUUUUCAUGCAUACUCAGAUGAAAAUAAAAUACUAUUACACAGUUUUGAAUCAUACAUAAUUUUCUGA